CUUUUGUCGUAGUACAUUUUGCUAAAGUAUCAAAACAUUUUGUUCAUCACAUAUUUCAUAACCUAACAUUGAUGUUUGGGAAGAUGACUGAGUGCGACAGCGUGGUGGUUAUCAAGGCGAAACCUGUGCGUAAAGUUUUCAAGGCUCCUAUGAAAACCAGUAAAAUUCCUGAACAACUCUUGAACGAUCCUUUAUUAAACUCUGCUAUAGCAGCUUUACCGUCCAAUUAUAAUUUCGAGAUACACAAGACGAUAUGGAGGAUCAAGGAGGCCAAGGCGAAGAGAGUGGUUCUCCAAAUGCCAGAAGGUCUUUUAAUGUAUGCCACAACUAUUGCCGAUAUCAUCGAAGACUUUACUGAAGCAGAGACUGUUAUUAUGGCCGAUGUAACUUAUGGAGCUUGUUGUGUGGAUGAUUACACUACACGAGCAUUGGACGCAGAUUUUCUGAUUCACUAUGGACAUUCGUGCCUUAUACCUGUAGAUCAGACUGCUGAUAUCAAAGUACUUUAUGUGUUUGUCAAUAUAAAAAUUGAUAUUGCACAUUGCGUGGAUUGUUUGCAAGCCUCUCUACCAGUCACCACAAAGUUGGCGUUAAUCAGUACAAUACAGUUUGUUACAACGGUACAAGCAGUAGCAUUAGAACUGAGGAGAGAAGGAUAUGAAGUUUCAGUACCACAGAGCAAGCCGCUUAGUCCUGGAGAAAUUUUAGGAUGCACAGCUCCACAAGUUCACUGUGCUGAUGCAAUAAUUUACAUAGGAGACGGCCGUUUUCACUUGGAAGCUGCUAUGAUUGCCAAUCCUAAAUUGAAAGCGUUCAAAUACGAUCCAUACGCGAAAAAAUUAACCGAGGAAUUUUACGAUCAUGAGAGGAUGUUGAAAAUCAGAUAUGAGGCGAUACAAUGCGCUGCAAAGACUGACAAAUAUGCUUUAAUACUCGGCACUUUAGGCAGACAGGGCAAUCCUAAUGUACUGAAGACCUUGCAAAACAGAAUUGACACCUUGGGAAAGGAAAACGUUGUAAUACUGCUUUCGGAAAUAUUUCCGGACAAGAUCAAGCUCUUUAAAGGCAUCGAUGCUUUUAUACAAGUUGCGUGUCCACGAUUGAGCAUCGACUGGGGCGUUGCAUUCGAGAAACCAUUCCUUACACCGUAUGAAGGUGCUGUCGCCCUCAGGAUGGCCGAAUUUGAUAUUGAACGACCAUAUCCUAUGGAUUUUUACGCUACCAUUAGUCUAGGGCCAUGGACUGCUAAUCAUAAGGAAUCUGAAUUAGAGAAGACAGAUGCUUGUUGUGGUAAAUGUAAAAUGAACAAAUAAAACGAAAAGAUAAAUAGA